UUGACUAGUUACACAGUGCGUACCGGGUUUGGACUGAGAUAGAGAUAGGGAGAAAGAGGUGGAGAGUGGACAGUGAGAGAGAGAGAGAGAGAGAGAGAGAGAGAGAGAGAGAGAGAGAGAGAGAGAGAGAGAGAGAGAGAGAGCGCAAGCGCAAGAGCGAGAGAGAGAGAGAGAGAGAGAGGUACACGCUGGAGACACACUAUGCUGAGCGCGUCCCAUCACCUCGAAAGAUGUAUGUGGGUUAUCUUUUAGACAAAGACUCCGGCAUGUACCACCACCAGAACCCCGUCUCACGGCACCCUAGCCUCAACUUCAACCCGCAGAACUUUGCCCCCACCCCGCCGCAGUACUCGGACUUCGCCGGAUACCAUCACCACGUCUCUGGGAUCAAUAACGACCCGCACCCGGGUCAGAACGGGGGCUGGAACCCGGCUUACCCGCCUCCGCCCCGCGAUGACUGGUCGUCGCCUUACGCUCACACCACCGGCGCGCCUCCGACGUCCAACCCGACCGUCAUGGGACCCACCCUGGGAUUCUCCUCCACGGAGUUCCCCGGGCAACCGGCAGCUCUGCUGCCCGCCUCCCUCAACCCCACGGUGGGCCAACUGUCUCCGAGCUCACCGCAGAGAAGGAACCCCUACGACUGGAUGCGACGCAACAGCGCACCGCCCGCCAAUUCAACAAGUCAUCCUUUUCCAGGAGGUCAUCGUUCUCCAGUUUCAACUCACACGCUAAGAACGACUAACAGUUUUUUCACAGACGGUAAGACACGGACUAAAGACAAAUACCGAGUGGUGUACACAGACCACCAAAGACUGGAACUGGAGAAGGAGUUUCACUACAGUCGCUACAUCACCAUCAGGAGGAAGGCUGAGCUAGCCAUAUCACUCAGUCUCUCGGAGAGACAGGUGAAGAUCUGGUUCCAAAACCGAAGAGCCAAGGAGAGGAAGGUCAACAAGAAGAAGCUGCAGCAGCCUGCCUCCUCAACGACCACCCCCACCCCUCCCCACGGCAGCCACAGCAAUGCUGCCAACAGCAACAGCAAUGGAGGGGGUAGUCUCCAUGGAAAUAAUGGCAGCGUUGCCAUGGUGACAAGUAGCAGUGGCAGCAGUGGGCUCGUGUCCCCCUCCUCUAUGCCCAUGACCAUCAAGGAGGAGUACUGAGGAUGCGAGAGGAACACAGGGUUGAAUAGAAUGGCGGACAGGAGGCAAAUGGGGAGGAGGAGAAGAAAGGAGGAGUUAAGUGUAAAAUAACAUGGAUACAGGGUUGGAGGAGGAGGGAGAGAAGCAGAAGGGAGAAAGGAGAAGAUACUGAAGAUGGAGAGAUUCUGUUAAAAACAGGCGGUCUGGAUUUAGGAAAAGAAAACAUUCCUACAAACAGAAGAAACUGAACUGAUAUACUCUGAAACCUGACACUCAUCAAAUAUGACGGACAUUCUGUAUAUACUAAGCUAAUUUUUGUCAACAGAUGUAGCAAAUGUUCAUCAGACUACUUUUUGACUAAUGAUUCCAUAUGAUUAGACGUUUGUGCCUGGUAAUGUCUUCAGAUACGAUCGCAGCUUCCACAGAAAAGCCUGUGUGGCGUCACAUUUGUAAGGAGAGGAAUCCCCCAACCAUUAUUUAUCAAUCAUUAGCACUGCGGGACUUUCCGGACAGUUCUUGAUGUGAUGGAGCAACAGUACAAGUGUGUGAGACGUAGACAUCAUGACCAUGUCUGUAACAGCAGCACUGAACUACUGUGACAAGAUAUGAAAAUGUGGCACCAAUAAUUGGCCUUUUUUUUUCUUUUUCUUUUUUUCCUUAAUUCAGUUUUGGAGUACGCUGUAGGAGCAUCCCGUGCUUUCAUUAAUAGUAGCUAAGAACCACUAAGCUAAAAAAAAAAAAACGUAUCGGAUUUAUGCUUCAUUCGCUUUUGCCUGUUCUGCCAGGCAAGUCAAACCAAGAACAUGUGAAGUAUCUGACGAUAUCUGACGAUGCAUCUUGACUCAGAUUCAUUAUGUUUGUUUUCUAUUGAUGCCACAAUCUCCACUACCCACUACCCUUCCCCUCUCCAUUCCUGUUUCAUUCUAGAAAUGGCUUGUAAAUGGUUCUGAUUGCACACAUGAGAUUUUAAUGUGUAUAUUUUCAAUAUAAUUUGUAUUAAAAAUGAAAAGCU